CAAAAAAAGAACAAGUCAUAAUCUCAUAAUUUCAAACAUGUGCCAAACGUGGAGGAAAGGCAUAAUAAUAUAACAAUAUCAGUUUACAUUAUUUUAAUGAUUAUUUGAAUAACCAAAUAACCAACAUAAUUCCGUUCAAAGUUGUUAUUGUAUUGAUCUGAAACGAAUGACAGAUAUGAUAUUAAAAACUAAAUCUGGGUUCGAUCAAAUGCAAGAAGCCAAUUUCAGGUGUCAACGAUUUAUUACGCGCGUAAAUCCAUACCAACUCAUAUCACACAUCCUUACAAAACGUGUACACGUAGAGUUACCUGCCGUUGAGCUUGGUCAAAUAGUAUUUUUGACCGUGACGUCACAGACAACAAUCUCGUGACGUCAUAGACAAUGUCACGCUGAGUUCCAAGCAGGAUGCCGUCUUUGCGAUUUGCUCACGAUUUAUCGUCUCAUUUUCCCGAUAUGCAGACAAUACCAACUCCUUCAACGAGGUUACCGAGCAUCGUUAACGGAACACUUUGCCAAGAACAAUAUGAAUUCGAAACCAGUCCCAGAGAUGUGGCUCUUUUCCUGUGUGCAUUCCUCAUUUGUGUCAUGAUCUUCGUGGGUUUGUUUUGGUCACUGAGGAAGUGUGUCCGGAGACUCAGAUGUCCAUACAGUCCCCGAGAAUCUGCUCUCGAUGCCGCCGAGCGGGGUGAAUCAGACUCCCUGUCUCCACACGAAGACUACACCCUGGCUCCCAACACCUCGUGGUGGGAGGUCGUGGUCAAGAAAGAGGCAGAAGAUCCCACGUUUGGACGGGAUUUGGUGGUAGCACCAGAGUACUUGGUGGAAGACGAGGUUCUGAGAUACGACCCUGACUACUGUCUCAAGUCGGGCGCCCUCUGGUGGGAGGUCGUGGAGGCUCAGGAAAGGGCGGGAAGCUGA